AUGUUCCGCCUACGACGAUAUCGCGUAUUCAUCGUUUUUGCUGUCAUAGUCAUAGGAAUUGUAUACCACUUCAAGGGUAUAGAAGACUUUCAGAAUGCUGGCGCAGCCAGCGUUGAAGGAUUAAGGAGAUUUGGUCAUAAGGUGGACUCGCCAAAAGACAAAUUGAACGACUCGGAGAAGAAUGAUUCAAACGAACGAUUCGAUAGUUCAGGGGUGGCAGUCUCUUUGGUAGAAUCCGGAGCCGCUCGUCCAUCGCUUACCACCGCAACGGUAAACGUGAUCAACGAAGGGUUCUCGAACAACAUCAAAUCUUCUUCCCCAGCCAAAGGAGCCCUGCCACAUGACGAGAAGAUUUCAAGCUCUGGAGGGACCCAGAAGUCUUUCAAUGCUGGCAAGAAGUUCGGGACGAAGCUUAAUGAAACAUCAGCAAGGUCAAAAGACGUCCUUUCAGACCACCCUUUCCUCAGCAAGCCUACUCCUGUGGAUAAAGCUGUCGAGGAUCCGGCAGACCCAGUCACGCACAACGAAGGCGGGGGGAAAGGAAGAAAGGAGAUCAUUGAAGACUCUACUGCUGAUAAAAUCUAUUGGUCUCCUGUCCCGGAGAACUUUCCUGUGCCUACAGAAAGCCUUCUCCAGUUGCCGACUGGCAAGCCAAAUCCAAUUCCCAAAGUUCAGCACGACUUCAAGACAACAGGAACUAGCGGAGAUCUCGCUCAGCAAGAUAAACUUGACAGGAUUAAGGAAACAUUCACGUUCUCCUGGGGCGGAUACAAGGAAAAGGCUUGGAUGCAGGACGAACUAUCCCCAGUCUCAGGAAAAUACCGCAAUCCAUUUUGUGGAUGGGCAGCAACACUCGUUGAUAGCUUGGAUACACUCUGGCUCAUGGAUCUGAAAGACGAGUUCGAUAAGGCUGUUGAGGCUGUCCAGAACAUUAAUUUUACAACCAGUUCAAGAAACGAUAUUCCUGUCUUUGAGACCGUCAUCAGGUAUCUUGGGGGACUCAUCGGCGCUUACGAUAUCAGCGGAGGCACCCGGAAGAUACUGCUUGACAAAGCCGUUGAAUUGGCGGAGGUUCUGAUGGGAUCAUUUGACACACCCAACCGUAUGCCGAUGAUGUACUAUCUCUGGAAGCCAACAUUCGCUUCACAGCCACAUCGUGCGAAGACCAGAGUCGUCCUAGCUGAGAUAGGGUCCCUGUCUUUAGAAUUCACACGGCUGGCACAGAUUACAAAGGAACCCAAGUACUACGAUGCUAUAGCUCGUAUUACCAAUGAGUUUGAAAUAUGGCAGAGCCAGACCAAGCUACCUGGUCUUUGGCCCCUGAAGGUUGAUGCUUCGGGGUGCAAGAAGACAAGUUUAGACUCAUCAACCUCCCCUCAUGCUGCAGGGAGGGAGAUGAGAUCGAACAAAACCCUUUCAUUACCGGAAAAGGCAGCUGCAAACCGCAUCGCCGCUGCAAAUACGGAAGUCAUGGACGGCGGCUCGAUUUCAAAAUUAAGUGGAAAGUCAUCACAUGAUUCUUUCGAAGAGAACGGGGAUCAGAGAGUUGUGGAGGCCGACGCUGAGAAAUCCAUCACCCGCCGAAAAGGGCCUUCUUUGACUCCUCCUCAAGGCGGAGAGAUUCAUGAGCGAGAAAUUCUGUCCCGCUCUUCGGCGUCGGAAUCCGCGACUUCCACAAAAGCAGGAGAAGAUAUCAAGUCAAAAAAGCCGGAGUGUGAGGCCCAAGGCUUCAAUUCCCCACCUUACAGUGCCAGCGAAGAGUUUACGCUUGGUGGAAUGGCUGACUCCACAUAUGAGUACUUGCCGAAAGAAUACAUGCUAUUAGGUGGCUUGGAGCCGAAAUAUGAAUCUAUGUAUAAGAAGGCAGCUGACGCGGCGACAAAACAUCUAAUCUUCCGACCAAUGAUUCCGGAUGACAAGCGCAAAAUCCUCCAAGCUGGUCUUCUCAAAACAAGCGGAAAGGAGGGAUCAGAUGACAAACAAGGCUUCCGGCCAGAAGGUUCGCAUUUGUCGUGCUUUAUUGGGGGCAUGUUUGCCGUGGGUGCAAAGAUAUUCGACCGAGAAGAAGAUAUGGACAUUGCUAAGCAGCUGACCGAUGGCUGUGUUUGGGCCUACGAAGCUACUAAUACUGGCAUCAUGCCAGAAAUAUUUUUAUCUAUCCCGUGUGCAGACCUCGAGGUCUGUCCAUGGAACGAAACGUUAUGGAAAGAGACGCUGGACCCUCAAGGCCUCCAGAGAGAAGUCCAACUGUUCAAGCAGAAAGAGCAGCAAGUACUCAGUAGCGGUGCGCAACCGGCUAGAGCUCCAGCAAAGGGAGCUCAAGAGUCUACCAUCAAGACGGACAAAUCAAAAUUUGCAGAUCGUGAGAGUCUAGCCAACGACGUUGACAAAUUAAGUGACUCAAAAUUCAAUCGGAAUGUUACCAAGGUCGAUCAAGCUGGUCACGAAGAGGAUAUUCCGGACAAUACUCCUGGCAAGUCGCCAUCUAUCAUCCAGGCGAACCAUAGAGACAAGCUUCUUAAAGAUUCUAGUAAUGUCGAUGAGGAGCCAUUGCUUGGGAGCGGGCACACCGCUUCUGAGCAAGCGAGCGACGAGGAAACCCCACGGCCCGGAUCAUCGAAGGACGCGCUCAAACGUCGUCAACUUGGAGAAGUAAACGAGGAGCCCGUAACGUCCAAACCAAAGGUUCCUGAAAAUAGUUUGAAAACUAGUAAAGGCUCCACGAGUGGGGAAGCAGAUAAGAGUGCCAAUUUGAAGCCAGAGUCAGACGACGAUUCUCAAGUUGAUUCUGCCAGCAAUGGACCUGAAGCUGAGGACACCGCGAAAAUAUUGUCUGUACAAGACUCAGAUUCAGGAACAACGAACCCCAACUAUAGGAACGCCUCGUCAUCGGGUACUGCUACGUCAGGGAAGCUUACCCCAACAGAAGUCAACUCUACCAAGGCUGCUUCGCAUCCCAGUGAACCCGCGUAUAUGACGCAUGAUGAGUAUGUGAAGCAUCGCAUGGAAAAGGAGAGAUUGCCCCUUGGGAUGUCAAAAGUGGUCAGUGGUCGUUACAUUUUGCGGCCUGAAGCCAUCGAGUCCGUCUUCAUAUUAUAUCGUGCCACCGGAGACGAUUAUUGGCGCAAGGAGGGCUGGAAAAUGUUCACAGCGGUUGAGAAAUACACCAACGCGACCUAUGGAGCUUCAGCGAUUCGGGAUGUGACCAACGUCGAGAAACCCAAGUAUCUCGACGAGAUGGAGUCCUUCUGGCUUGCAGAGACCUUGAAGUACUUUUAUCUCCUGUACAGCGAUCCUACAGUUUUCAGCCUAGACGAUUAUGUGCUGCUCCCGGUGCCAUGGGCUCUGAUCGAAGAGCUCGGCAGCGAAAGAAUGGAAUUCGAGGUGUCUUAUUCUCUUGAGAAUGAGCAGCAGUUCUGGGAUGAACUUGAUGAUAUCCUGUCGGUGCAGUGCGAGGAGCAUGAAUUGAUCGAUAACGUCUUGAGAUCCUACCUUACUUUCACGACAAACUUCAAAGGAGAAUACGUCCAGACCGAAAAUGAUAUCGCUCGCUGCUCGUAUCGGCUACUCCAGUCCGCUGUAUUCAAUGCCCAUAAGGAGUAUGUGCGCCGGCAGAUUGUCAAUAGCCUUGUACAGGAAGACUCGCCAGACACGUUGCACUUCAUUGCCGCUUUCCUUUUGUACGACGGCCGAGGUAAUGAAGCGACUUAUGAGAUGCUGAACGAAGAGGGCGGUUUUCCGCGUUUAAUAGAGCUCAUACAAGAGAGGAAAGAGGAUGGGGUGGGCUUGCAUAGGACUUUAUUAGAGCUUCUGUACGAAAUGGCGCGAAUUCAGCGACUGAAGACCGAAGACUUAAUCUUGAUUGAGGACGACUUUGUUAUGUAUAUGUUCGGGAUCAUCGAGGGUUUAUCUGACGACGUCAAUGAUCCCUAUCUGUACCCUGUCGUACGAGUACUGCUUGUUCUCAACGAGCAAUAUAUGGUCUGUGCUCACGAUCCAUCCCAACAGCUCGACAAUACAGAACCACCCCUCACGAACAAAGUCAUCAAGGUCUUAGCUACCUCUGGGUCGGCGUACAAAAGUUUUGGGCAAAACAUCAUCCUCCUGCUCAACCGUGAAAGCGAGACCUCUCUCCAGCUUCUUAUCCUGAAGCUGCUUUACCUCCUCUUCACCAGUCCCUCAACUUAUGAGUACUUUUAUACCAACGACUUACAUGUGCUGUUGGACAUUAUUUUAAGGAAUUUGCUAGACCUCCCUCCAUCGUCUUCCGCCUUGCGGCACACCUAUCUUCGGGUUCUUUACCCUUUCCUCUGCCAUACGCAGCUUAAACAACCACCUCAUUACAAGCGAGACGACAUCCUACGCCUGUUGACCAUACUCAGUGGCGGGGCCUUGAACCAUUUUGGAGCCGUAGAUCAGACGACCCAGCGACUAGUCAAUCGCUGCUCCAAGGUAAGCUGGCUCAAAGGCGAAAAGUCAGAUGAUUCCGAGACUGCUGAGCAUGUUCUAAAGUUAGAACACAAGAGCCUACGCGUUGGGAGUAUGGAUAAAGCGAUGGAGAGCUCCAUGAGCGUCAUUGAAGUAGCAGCUCAAAGAAGUAAGCCCGGAGUGCAGACACCGAGCAACGAGGACACCACGGCAGCGACGACGAAAAGUGCGGCGGUGCCAAGUUUGGUCCACAAGGGGAACGACAUGACGGAGGGGAGUCCAUUUGAAGCUGAGGGGGAGAGCACGCUGAUCAAUCCUUUAGACGAGAUUCGACAUAAACAUCGCAAGCGAGAGGACAAAGCACAAGACGUGGCGGCGACAGCCGAUGCAGCAGGUUCUUCGGAUACGAGCCACAUCGUGGUCUACGUUGAUGACAACAACGAAGUGCUAUCAAGUUCGACUGUAGAUGACACCCAAGCUGACCCAACACCUGCCGAUCUUAUGCCAAGGGAUCAUAAGCAGCAAGGCGCUAAACAGGCGGCAGUAUCGGUGGACUCUUCCCAACAAACGAACAGCGAUGGAAAUGGGCCUUCGGGAGCAGCGAACGAGCAAGUAGGAAACGGAGGAGGAGCGAAAGCCGGAGCAGCUAAGGGUGGAGGAGAUAUCACAGGGAACAGCCAGAUUUCGUUCAAUUCUGGCGUCGCCUACUCCCCGUACAAAGCCAACAAAGCAUGCAAAUCAGCGCAAGAAGUUGCACAAGACCUAAACAACAUUGGAGAGUACGAUGUAAUUCGGCUCUACGGAACAGACUGUAAUCAGGUCUCAAAUGUGGUCCAAGCCGUCAAGGGCAGCAUUAAAAUCUUCGCGGGCAUUUACAAUAUCGACAAGAUUCAGGAUGAAGUUAAUACUAUAGCCUCCGGGAUCGGGGGCAAUUGGGGCGCUAUCAAGGCUGUCAGUGUGGGAAAUGAGCUUGUCAACAGCGGUGUAGCUUCUGUCGAGAAGGUGACAGCAGCUCUGGCUACGGCUCGCCAGGCCUUGAAGUCCCAGGGUUACACCGGUCCUGUUGCCAUUGUCGAUACGAUGGUGGCCUUGAAGGCCAACCCAAAACUUUGUCAGUUAUCGGACUUCUGCGGAAUUAACUGCCAUGCCUUCUUCGAUGGCAAUGUCCAGCCGGCCGGAGCAGGGCAGUUCGUCACGGAUUGGGCGAACGAGAUCUCUCAAGCUGCUGGUGGAAAGACCUUUGUGAUCACUGAGUCGGGUUGGCCAACUCAGGGGACUGCCAAUAAUUUGGCUGUACCAGGACAACAGCAGCAGCAACAGGCGAUUCAGAGUCUGCAGAAGAGCUUCAGCAGCAACCUGAUUCUUCUGGGGCUGUACAAUGAUGAUUGGAAGCAGGAUAACGCGAACACGCAUAGUGCGGAGAAAUUUUGGGGCAUCAAAGGUCAAGCUCCUGCCCAUUGA